AUGAAAUUUAGUUGUGGGAGAGGAGCCAUGUCAAUUACUAGCUCAAGUGCUGCUUGGAAACCAACAGAUGUUGUUGCUGAUCAGUUCCCUGCUGGUUUGCGUGUUCUUGUUGUUGAUGAUGAUCCCACUUGUCUAAUGAUCCUGGAAAAGAUGCUAAGAACAUGCCUUUAUGAAGUUACCAAAUGCAAUCGAGCAGAGACUGCAUUGUCGAUACUCCGAGAGAACAAAAAUGGGUUCGAUAUCGUUAUCAGUGACGUUCACAUGCCAGACAUGGAUGGAUUUAAGCUGCUUGAGCAUAUUGGUUUGGAGAUGGACCUCCCUGUAAUCAUGAUGUCGGCAGAUGAUGGGAAACAUGUUGUUAUGAAGGGUGUUACGCAUGGUGCUUGUGAUUACCUAAUCAAGCCAGUUCGUAUUGAGGCACUGAAGAACAUAUGGCAGCACGUUGUUCGGAAGAGGAAGAAUGAGUGGAAGGACUUUGAGCAAUCAGGAAGUGUAGAAGAAGGGGAUAGGCAGCCGAAACAAUCUGAAGAUGCAGAUUACUCGUCUUCAGCUAAUGAAGGGAACUGGAGAGGCUCAAAAAAGAGAAAAGAUGAUGAAGAGGAAACCGAUGAGAGGGAUGAUACUUCCACGCUGAAAAAGCCAAGGGUUGUGUGGUCUGUUGAGCUCCAUCAGCAAUUUGUUGCAGCAGUUAAUCAACUAGGCAUUGACAAGGCUGUCCCGAAGAAAAUUUUGGAGUUGAUGAAUGUUCCAGGCCUUACCAGAGAAAAUGUCGCCAGUCACCUUCAGAAAUACCGCUUGUAUCUUAGACGGCUGAGCGGAGUAUCACAGCACCAGAGUAAUUUGAAUCCUCCUUUUAUCAGCCCCCAAGACUCAACUUUUGGGCCGCUCUCUUCUCUCAAUGGACUUGACCUUCAAGCUCUUGCUGCCACCGGUCAACUUCCUACGCAAAGUUUUGCCAGACUCCAAGCAGCGGGGCUUGGUCGGCCGACUGCUAAAUCCAGCAUACCUAUGACCCUUGUUGACCAAAGAAACAUCUUUAGCUUCGAAAAUCCGAAGUUAAGAUUCGGAGAAGGACAGCAACAGCAACAACAUAUGAAUAAUAAGCAGCAAAUAAAUUUACUUAAUGGAAUUCCUACAAAUAUGGAGCCAAGGCAGCUUGCCAGCUUGCAGCACGGUGGACAAUCAAUCGGAAACAUGAAUAUGCAAGUCGCUUCCCAUGGUGCGCAAAAUAACCAAAAUAAUUCUUUAUUGAUGCAAAUGGGGCAGCCACAGUCAAGAGGGCAGAUACUCGGUGAUACCACUGUUAGUCACUCUCCCAGGCGUCCCUCAUCCAUGGGACAGCCUAUAUUGUCCAAUGGAAUGGCCGCUAAUGUCGCUUCAAGAAACGGGAUUCCUGAAACUAUUGGAGCCACUAGUUACAAUCCGGUUUCACAGGCCACUUCAACGUUGAAUUUCCCAAUGAAUCACGCUUCUGAGCUACCUGGUAAUAGUUUCCCACUCGGAAGUACCCCUGGGAUUUCUAGUUUUUCAUCAAAAGGGACUUUUCAGGAAGAUGUUAGCUCGGAAAUUAAAGGAUCCGGAGGAUUCAUGCCCAGUUACGUUAAAUUUAAUGAUUUGAGUCAACAUAAACCCCAAAAUUGGGAGCUGCAGAAUGUUGGCAUGACUUUCAACUUCCCUCAACAUUCAAGCUCUCUUCAAAGCAACCUUAUGCAAUCUGUUUUAGUUCAACAAGGAUCUUCUGGCCAAAUGAACGGACAUAACAGGAGUUCAGCCGUUGUAAGCAGGGCAAUGUUCUCGGCAGGAGAUAUUAAGGAGCACGGGAAUGCACAAAACGUUAACCAACAUCUCAACAACCUUGUUGACAAUAUAAUAAGGGUCAAAUCUGAGGGAGUUUUCGAUACCAGCCCUGGCAAUCUAUUCCCUGUCCAUUUCGGACAAGAAGAUCUCAUGGGUGCUCUUCUCAAACAGCAAGACAGCAUUGCACCUACUGAAAACGAGUUUGAUUUCGACGGGUAUUCGAAGGAUAAUAUUCCGGUGUAG